AUGGCUGGACAAGCGGGGUUAAGCAUACACCCACUCUUCUCAGGAUAUUCAUUCCAAGGACAGGGGAGGGUGAACCAGCUGGGCGGCGUAUUCAUCAACGGGCGCCCUCUGCCGAACCAUAUCCGCCUCAAGAUCGUGGAGAUGGCAGCUGCCGGGGUUCGACCCUGCAUCAUCUCACGACAACUGCGUGUGUCACACGGCUGUGUGUCCAAGAUACUGAACCGUUAUCAGGAGACUGGCAGCAUCCGCCCUGGGGUUAUAGGGGGUAGUAAGCCGAGAGUAGCAACCCCGGAGGUGGAGCAGCGUAUCGAGGACUACAAGAAGGCCAACCCGGGCAUCUUCAGCUGGGAGAUCCGCGACAGACUCAUCAAGGAAGGGCUAUGUGACGGAAAUAACGCCCCCAGCGUAUCUUCCAUCAGCCGCCUCCUGAGGGGUGGCAGGAGGGAUGAGACAGACCUGAAGAAGGAUUACAGCAUAGACGGAAUACUUGGGGGUCGCUGCGGAGAUGAAUCCGACACGGAGUCCGAACCCGGGAUCCCGCUUAAGAGGAAGCAGCGUCGCAGCCGCACCACAUUCUCUGGAGACCAGCUGGAGGAGCUGGAGCGAGCUUUCCAGAGGACACAAUACCCGGACGUUUACACCCGCGAAGAACUAGCCCACAGAACUGAUCUCACAGAAGCGAGGAUACAGGUAUGGUUCAGUAAUCGACGUGCAAGAUGGCGGAAACACACGGGAGGAACGUCUUUCAGCCCUCUGUCGGCGACAGUGCCUGGCUAUCAAUACCCGGCCACGAGCUGUGACGUCAUGACACUUCAUAAUUCAGGUACAAUUUGA